UCCGUCAGUGAGGCUCGGGAAUGGCCGCCUCAUCAGUGUCGUCUUUAUGAGAUCUAAUGUGUUUUUCUAGAUAAAACUGUGAUAAAACAUUAAUGAAUUCACAGUGAGGGACUUUUUACUCCAAGACACGAUGGGAAAGAAAGAUCGAGAGAGGAAGUCCAAAAAGCGGUAUUACGAUGAUGAAGAUGAUGAUGAAGAGGUGACGGGCAGUGAGUCACAGGAGGCCAUACCUGCAGCCGCUGGGAAACAGGUGGAGGAAUCAAGCACUAGACAGGACGAGUAUGGAGCCAAAGACUACAGACUGCAGAUGUUACUAAAGAAUGACCACUCUUCAAGACCUCUAUGGGUGGCUCCUGAUGGUCACAUCUUUCUGGAAGCCUUCUCUCCCGUUUAUAAAUACGCUCAGGACUUCUUGGUGGCUAUAGCGGAGCCGGUGUGCAGACCCGUGCACGUGCACGAGUACAAGCUGACAGCGUAUUCUCUGUACGCUGCCGUGAGCGUCGGCCUGCAGACCUCUGACAUCGUAGAGUACCUGCAGAAACUCAGCAAAACUUCUGUGCCGGACGGCAUUGUACAGUUUAUUAAGUUGUGCACCGUGAGUUACGGUAAAGUCAAACUGGUGCUGAAACACAACAGGUACUUUGUGGAAAGCGCCUUUCCUGAUGUCAUUCAGAGAUUGUUGCAGGACUCGGUGAUUCGAGACUGUCGUCUCCGAUCGGCCGGGGGUGAUGAGACCGAUCUCAUCACUGAGGUCAUCUCCAGCAAAUCAGCAAUCUUAAAGUCUCAGCAGGGCAACGGUGGUCCGUCCUCCUCUCAGCCGGCGGACGGUCAGAGCUCGGAAACCCAGGUGCCGGAGGACAUCUACAGUUUCUAUGAACAGAUGGAUAAAGAGGAGGAGGAAGAAGAGGAGACGAAGACAGUAUCAUUCGAGAUACGUCAGGAGAUGAUAGAAGAGCUCCAGAAACGCUGCAUUCAGCUGGAGUAUCCUCUCCUGGCCGAGUACGACUUCCGGAACGACACGGUGAACCCCGACAUCAACAUGGACCUGAAGGCCACGGCCGUGCUGAGACCCUAUCAAGAGAAGAGUCUGAGGAAGAUGUUCGGGAACGGCAGAGCUCGGUCUGGAGUCAUUGUGCUUCCCUGCGGUGCUGGCAAGUCUCUGGUGGGCGUCACAGCGGCCUGCACGGUCCGUAAGCGCUGUCUGGUGCUGGGAAACUCUUCGGUGUCGGUGGAGCAGUGGAAAGCUCAGUUUAAGAUGUGGUCCACCAUCGACGACUCUCAGAUAUGUCGAUUCACUUCGGACGCGAAGGAUAAGCCCAUCGGCUGCUCGGUGGCCAUCAGCACAUACUCGAUGCUGGGUCACACCACCAAACGCUCGUGGGAGGCUGAAAGAGUGAUGGAGUGGAUGAAGAGCCAGGAGUGGGGUCUCAUUAUACUGGAUGAGGUUCACACAAUUCCAGCAAAGAUGUUCCGACGGGUGUUGACGAUCGUCCAGGCUCACUGUAAACUGGGUCUGACCGCCACGCUGGUGAGAGAGGACGAUAAGAUCGUGGAUCUGAACUUCCUCAUCGGACCCAAGCUGUUUGAGGCAAACUGGAUGGAGCUUCAGAACAAUGGCUACAUCGCCAAAGUCCAGUGUGCUGAGGUCUGGUGCCCCAUGUCUCCUGAGUUUUAUCGUGAAUAUGUGGCCAUAAAGUCAAAGAAGAGGAUUCUGCUGUACACCAUGAACCCGAAUAAGUUCCGCGCGUGUCAGUUCCUGAUCCGCUUUCACGAGCGAAGAAACGACAAAAUCAUCGUCUUUGCAGACAACGUCUUUGCUCUGAAAGAAUACGCCAUUCGAUUGAACAAGCCGUAUAUUUAUGGACCCACAUCACAAGGAGAACGUAUGCAGAUUCUUCAAAACUUUAAACACAAUCCAAAGAUCAACACUAUCUUUAUCUCAAAGGUAGGAGACACUUCAUUCGACCUGCCCGAAGCAAACGUGUUGAUUCAGAUCUCUUCUCACGGUGGUUCUCGCCGUCAGGAGGCUCAGAGGCUGGGAAGAGUGCUGCGAGCUAAAAAAGGUAUGGUGGCGGAGGAAUACAACGCUUACUUCUACUCGCUCGUCUCUCAGGACACACAAGAGAUGGCGUAUUCCACAAAGAGACAGCGCUUCCUGGUGGACCAGGGGUACAGCUUUAAGGUGAUCACAAAGUUGGCUGGGCUGGAGGAGGAAGACCUGAUGUUCUCCACUCGUGAGGACCAGCAGCAGCUCCUACAGAAGGUUCUGGCAGCAUCUGAUCUUGAUGCAGAAGAGGAGGUGGUGCUGGGAGAGGUUGGAGGAAAACUACAGUUUUCUCGACGUAUGGGAACCAUGAGCUCCAUGUCUGGAGCAGAUGAUACGGUCUAUAUGGAGUACCAGAUGUCCAGGGGGAGCAAAGCUUUUGUUGGCAAAAAUAUCCAUCCUCUAUUCAAACGCUUCCGCAAGUAAAAAUCAGCAUCUGCGUUUAAUGUUGACAACACGUGUCUGGACGUCCCCGUGAAUCCCAGAACAGACUGUGAGACGGGAGGUCUGCGUGGAAACCCAGAACAUAAAACAAGCCAUAAAAAGACUGACUGAGAACAGAGAAAUGGUUCCAAAUAAGAAAUGAAUUUUACAAACAAGAUGUUUGUACUAUUGAAAAAAAUUUUGAGUUUGUUAAAUAAAUUUAAUUGUAAAGACUAAAGAACUCAAAUUUUGUACAAAUGCUAAACAAUAACGCAUUUCAUUGAAAUGUAACUGUACACUUUUUUUGUAACCGCACAAAACAUUUUUACUUGUUUCAGUGGUGAAAUAAAGUGACUUUUGCAAUGAA